AUGCAAUGUAAAAAUAACAAGGAAGAAAAAAAAAUACUCAACUGCAUUUGUGAAGUCAAUAUUGAUGGAAAAAUGGCUUUAGUAUCUUUGUAUGAUGAUCUUCCUCAUUUUGAGUACGACCUGACAAUUGAUAAUUUGAAGAAUUCAGUUACAAAACUGAGAUCAUUGGUUCAAGAACUGAAACAACGUAUUAAAAAAUUGGAAAAUGAAAAUACUAAUUUCCAAACAGUUAAUACUGUAUUGUCUAAAAAUAUUACAUCACUAUAUAAAACUGCUAGCACUGAAAUCCAAAGGAAAGAUAAAAUAAUCGAUGACCUCCGAAAAAAGCAAGUUGUACCAUCCACAUCAAAAAUGUUUUCUUCUACUAUUAAUUUUCAAGUACAAAAAACUGAAGUCAAUAAAUCGUCUGAUAGCAAGAAAAAUAUAGAGCAAAUUGAGAAUACUAUAGAAAAAACCAAAGUACUAAACCCAAAUAAUACUGAUAAUAUUACCACUACUGUCAUCAAGCCUAAUAUUAAAAUUCCUAAAACAAUUUAUUAUAAAAGAAUGUGUCAAAAAUUAGCUCAAAAAAAUGAUACCAUUAAUUCCAUAAAACAGAUUUCACCGCAGAUAGAAAAUACAAAUACCGUUGAUAAAAUAACACAAGAUAAAAAGGAAGAACUUAAUAAAGAUGAAAAUACAUUAAAAGAAAUGUCAACUUCCCUUAUUCAUAAUGAAUCUAAAGAUAUUACCACUACUGUCAUCAAGCCUAAUAUUAAAAUUCCUAAAACAAUUUAUUAUAAAAGAAUGUGUCAAAAAUUAGCUCAAAAAAAUGAUACCAUUAAUUCCAUAAAACAGAUUUCACCGCAGAUAGAAAAUACAAAUACCGUUGAUAAAAUAACACAAGAUAAAAAGGAAGAACUUAAUAAAGAUGAAAAUACAUUAAAAGAAAUGUCAACUUCCCUUAUUCAUAAUGAAUCUAAAGAUAUUAUUAAUUCUACGCUAGUAAUUUGUGAAUCGGAUAUAACACCAAGUGACUGUGAACUUGAUACUACCCCAGUUAUUCAAAGUGACAAUCAGGAGAAAGAUAAAGAAAAUGUUUCCAUAGAAUCAUUAUUUUCAAAAAUAAAACAACCAGCUAAAUUAAAAAAAAAACUAAUCAUAAGUCCGGCUACUAUUGGUGUUCAAAAUACACUUAACAAAACUUUCAAAUGUGCUAACAAAAUAAACCAAAUUAACAGUUUAGAUUCAACAACACAAUGUGAGAUUACUAAUUCACCAGAAAAACAAAUAAAAUCUUUAAAUAAAGACACUCUGAUAACAUGUAGUAAAAAUAAUUUUCCAGAGUUUGAUAUAAAAACGGAGGAUAAAUCUUUUACAACAGACAUACUUCAUAACCAACAAUUGUUCUCUCCUGAAAAUAAUAAUUUUGAGCAAUUUUCUAUUAAAAGAAAAAAAAAAGUUAUAGAAAAGGAUAAUAAUACUCUGGAAUUAAUUAAUAUGAAAAAACGUUCACAGACACCUAUUACUUGUUUGAGUCCUUCAAUCAACAAUGAAUUUAACAAGUCAAUAGAGAAUGAUAAAUGUUUGUCUGUGAAUAAUGAAAGAGAUUAUUUAAGUCCAUCUCAACAAAAAAAUAAUCAAACAAAAUGCAAUUUAGAUACUCUUAAGUGUACAAAUAAUAUAACAGAAUCUAAAUACUUAAAUAAUUCUUGUAGAAGUUCCUCCAAAAAUACAUCUAUUGAAACAAGUCCCGCUAAUAAAUCUGUUUUAUCAUCUAUCAACAAUAUGGAAGUUAAGCAAGUUCCUAUUACAAGAAAAACUAAUGCAAUACAAAGGGAUAAUAAUAAUUUAAACAAAUCUGAUAAAGUUGCCCACUCAUCAUGUAUUAAAGAUUAUAAAAAUAAGUAUGACUCAAAAACGGACGAUAAACAACUUUCUACGGAUACACUUCAUAACCAAAAAUUAUGUACGUAUGACAACAAAAAACAAACAUCGUCUGUCAAUAUUGAAGUUGAACAAGUUCCAUUUGUAAGAAAAAAAAAAGUAUUAGAAAAUGAUAAUAAUGCUUUAAAUAGAUUUAAAAAAGUCACUCAAGAAUCAUGUGUUAAAGAUCAUAAAAAUAAGUAUGACUCAAAAACAGGCGAUAAACAACUUUCUACGAAUACACUUCAUAACCAAAAAUUAUGUACUUAUGACAACAAAAAACAAACAUCGUCUGUCAAUAUUGAAGUUGAACAAGUUCCAUUUAUGAGAAAAACAAAAGUAUUAGAAAAUGAUAAUAAUACUUUAAACAGAUUUAAAAAAAUCACUCAGGAAUCAUGUGUUAAAGAUCAUAAAAAUAAGUAUAGCUCAAAAACGGAUGAUAAACAACUAUCAACAGACAUAUGUUGUAACCAAAAAUUAUCCACUUGCGAAAAAAUAAAUCAAAAUAAAGCGCCGUCUAUAAACAUUGAAGUUGAACAAUUCCCUACUAGAAGAAGAAAAACAGUAAUAGAAAAAGAUAAUAAUAGUAUUGCUCUGAGCAAUGUGAGAAAACGUUCAUGUGUUACAUAUAUGACUUCUUCAAUCGACAACAAAUUUAACAAGUCAACUGAGAAUGUUAAAUUGUUGUCUAUAAAUAAUGAUAGAGAACCAUUAAGUCCAUCUCAACAAGGGAAUAAUCAAUUGACAUUCAAUUUAGAUACCUUUAAGUGUGAAAAUAGUGUGGCAGAAUCUGAACAAUUAAAUAAUUCUUGUAAAAAUUUGUCCAAAAAUACAUCUAUUGAAACAAGCCCCACAAAUAAAACUGUGAUACCGUCUAUCAAUAUUGAAGUGGAACAAGGGUCCAUUUUUAGACAUUCUAAUGCAAGAAAAGUAAUAAUGCGUUCAACUUCUGAUGAUAAACAAGAAACAAAGAAUGGAAGACACGUUCAGUUGAUAACUAUAAAAGAUCAUUAUUCAACACCAAUGUCUAGUUUUAAUGGUGCUAAAAAAGUAGAAAUCGAUGUUAGCAAAAAAUCUUUUCUUAUAGAAAAAGUAGUAGAAAGUAGUAGUCAAUUUUAUGUACCACAAGUGAAAAAAAGAAGAGCCAUGAAUUUCAGCAGUUCUGAUUCAUGA